UAUUAAUUUUUUACAUAACUUGUUAUGAGUUAGUGUGGUUUUAUAACUUUGUAGUUUCAGACUUGUAAAAUAGUUUAAAAUCAAAUUCAAAAUAUUAUAUAAUUUUUUACAUUCAAAGUUCAUUUCUGCACAAAAUAGUUAGUCCUCAACUCAAAAUUUUCAAAAUGGUGAAGUACAGGAAGAAAACACAACCUUCUCAAAAACAGGUUGUCAGAGAAACGGUUCAAGAGUUUAUUUUGGAAAAUCCUAACAUCUCAGUUGGGAAGUCAAUAGAAUUCAUGAAGAAGCUGAUGGUGGUUUCAGUAUCUUCUAUAGCAUAUCUUCGAGGCAUAUUUCCAGCAAGUGCUUUCGCUGAAAAGAGAUUAGCUGGGCAACCAGUCCAUGUGUUGAAAGGGACUGAAGAAGCCCCAGAAGUCAAGACUUUGAUUGAAUAUAUAAGGGGGAGUUUUGACCUUGUGCAUUCACAGCAUUUAAAGAAAUUCAUUUUUUUGAUCCAAAAGGAAUUGGUUACACUUGAAACGUAUACAUUCUCCUUUGUUUACAACCACGACACAAUUGCUUGUGAUGUCCUUGGUGAAGUCGAUGGCAAAGAAGUCAUUCAUGAGCAGAACCUUGGGUUGCCUGAUGAGAUUGAGAAAUCAGUUCGACAACUUGUGCGAUGUAUCUUGACUCAUGCUGUGACGCUACAUCCUCUUCCAACGAACUUCAGUCUCACAGUAAAGCUGCAAGUUGAUGACGACACUCCAGAAGAAAUACUUCCAAACUUUCUCCAAUUAGCAGCCGAAGACGAAAUAAAAUUCCCCGGAGAGGUGGAAACUCUGAAGCUGGGCAAAGUAGAAACCAAAUAUAUGACUUUUGGUCUUGUGUCAAAAUCAACUUUGCAAGAGGGGCCUUACCAAGAAGCAGGAGUGAACCAAGAAGAGAAUUUGAUGCCUCAGGAUGACUUAGAAGAUGAGGUGAUGCCGUCCCAAGAGGAGACUUUGCAUACUUCUAUAACAAAAAUUAACUUGAUCGAUGAGAGCAAGGCAGUUGAGAAACGGCCAAACACUCCAAACCCGUUAGUAAAUAACCUUCCAGACCCAAUGGAGUUCAAACCCAGCCAGAGCCCUGACUUCAUAGAUUCAUUUGACAAAUCUGAUGAUUCAUUCAUUAUCUUGCAGUUCCUUGAAUGUGAUGCCACCAGUGUAGACAUCAAGAAAAAAGGGUAG